AUGGCAUUGAGGGAAUAUUUAGCUCAAGCUCUACCUGAUCAAGAGCAAUUUGAAAUUCUGCAUUUACAAAACCCGUCUAAGGAGUCACAUCCUGUCAUAACACCACAAAGUUCUAAUAAAUCAGGACUUAUUACCGUAAAAAAUCAGCAUUUCUUUGCACUAUUUCACAAGGAAAAGGCAAUAUAUGCGCUGGAAAUUUAUGUAUAUAUUACAUUAACUCCAGAAGUGCAGGAUACCAUUGCAGAAAGAAUCGUGUUUGUUUCCAAAGCAGAUACAAACGGCUACUGCGACUGCGAAGUUAGCUUCAAAAAGAUCACCCAACAAUUGCUCAGAUACGUCUUAUCCAUUAAUCCAAAUUACUAUUUACAGAAGGUAAUACCAAGGCAUAGAGAGUAUCAUAAAUUUGAUAAACAUCUUAUCACAAAGAAAACAAAACCUACAGAUGCGUUACGACUACUUGCCAAAAGGCAAGGCGAUGUUAGCCUUAUGUCCAGUAUAAAUUUGAAUGUAGGAAUCUAUCACAGCUUUCAGUGUCAGCCGAACAUUAUCACCAAAAUAUGCCUCUUCACCAAGCCAUCGCCGCAAUAUCUUUUCGCCGAAUCAUCAAAAAACCCAAAGAAACAUCAAUUGGAUGGAGCAAGCUUACUGAAAUGGUGGCUAGAUAUACUUGACGAAUUGAUAGUGGAAUGCUUCGACCAGAAUACAACAGCCAAUCUUCGCAUACCUGGGGAAGAUGAGACAGUGGUCAAUCGCUAUCUCAGAGGUUUGAAACACAAUGGCUGGGAGGCUGGUGAUUUGUUUACCAAAAAGUCAAACGAAAAGCACGAUCUGGCAGCUUUUAGAAUACCGCUAUUUCCUGACGAUCCCAAAUCGCGUUUUUUGCAUCAACUUGCAGAUGAAGGGAGGAUCCUUUCAAUGUAUCUAAAAGCAUACUGGGCUGAGCUUCAGGAACGUCAGGAGUUUCGACUCAGCGUUACCGUGUCCGUGAUAGGUAUACAAGGACAUCAAGCUGAGGAACCAAUCUAUGUACCUAAUAAUAAGCACGAUGUGUUUUUAACAUCCUCAAAGAAGCAAUUCAACAGCAUUAAGAACUACAUCACUGGAGAAGCAUACGAUACGAUAGAAGGCGCUUUUGAGGCCUACCUUAACGUAAAAUAUUUUCUAGGAGACAGAUUUGGACGAAGGCUAAUCAAAGUCGAGGGUGUGGCGAAAUAUCGAUGGAUUAAAAAAGAGUCAAUUGAGAAGAGAAGGCAGGAUAUAAUUAAUACAUUAUCUGUUCGCAAAAAACCAAAGAAAUAA